AUGCAGAGCUUCCUGACUCUGCUGAGGGACCACAAGGGCACCUGUCCACCCCCCGCAGAGCUGGUGACCCUUAUAGGCAGGCUGUGCCGGGACCUGCAGGAUGACCUUGCCCAGGCACAGCCUUUGGUCUCAGCCAUUCUGGACAGCCAGCUCCGAAUGUACCUCCUGGACAAUGCAGACGUAGCCUUGGUGUGUGCUCGUGUCCUGGAACAGCAGGGCCAGCAGGAGGCAGCCUGCCAACUUCUGGAGGGCUGUCGAGUGCCAGGAGGCAGCCUGGAGCUAGUGCAGCUCUGGAACAACAUCCAUUACCGUCUGGUCAUGAAGAGACUGGAUGUGGCUGUGCUGACCCCGGUGCAGAAGUUCCGCUGCAGGAAGAGGAACCCCCCACCACCUUCACUCUGCCCAGAGGGGCUGAAGAGCCGGAACUUCCCCAGAGAGGUUCGCCAGAAGCUGUACGACUUCGCUUUGGGGGUUAGCACCAACCCCAGCAAAGCUGAGAGGGAGAACUUGGCGUUGGAGACGAGCUUGACCACUGAGCAGGUGUACAACUGGUUUGCCAAUUACCGGCGGCGCCAAAGGGCCCUUCCCAAGCACGUGGAGCCAGCUCAGAAGGCCAUGGCAGAAGACCCCAGUGUAAGAGAGAGGUGUCCUGACAUGCUGCAGCCCUCAGGCGACUCCCAUGUUGACUCUGGGUUUGUGGACAGGCCUCAGUGGUCAGAGGGACAUGAGGAAAAUGGGCCACCACAGUCUCCAGAGACUACCCAAGGACCGUGGGAGCUGCUGGCCUUGGCCCCAGACUUUACAAAAGAUGAGACAGUCUCUAAGCCACUGGUUUCCAGGUCUCUGCAGGGUGGUGAGAUGUACCAGGAGGGGCUCAGCCACAGUUCUGCAACCCUUCCCUGUAUCUGCCAUGGCCCUGGAAGCAAUGUGCUGGACCCCACUCUGGCUGCCCCCGAAUCGUGGCUGAUGUCCCUUGCAUUGGCAUCCUCCAAGGAAGUUCCCUUCCAGACUGGACAACUGGUCCACAGUCAUGGGCUGGAUUUCAUGAUGUGUCCUGCGGAUGCUUCUGUGACCGUUUCCAUUGCUGCCCUUGGCAAUCCCAGGCCUACAGGAUUUGCUGACCCGCCAAGCGGCAUUCCCCGGAGUGUGCACCCGGAGCAGGGUCCAGGUACCAGAAGUGGAUGUGCAGAGCCACAGGCAGGCAGCUUCCUGGUGACACAGCCCCCACCACAGGCUCCCGAAUUCAUCGUCUCCCAGAGCCCUCCAGAGAUGCCUCCAGCCCCGUCUGCCUUUUCUGGCCCUGUGUCUGCCAUGGAGCUGAGCCAGCCCCUGCCCUCUAGCCAGGUGCAGUGGCCUGAUGGCCAGGCCUCCUGUGAUGCCUUCUGGGGAGCCAGGAUGCUCCUUGAAUUGUCAGGGAGCAGCCUGGUCUGACCUGUCCCCCAGGAACCAGGACAGGACCCAGGAGGAUUGUCUGGCCUUCAACGCAGAGUUUUAUUUUGAAUAAACCACAGA